CUGGACAUCCCCAUCUUUGUUUGUUUUGUUUUUGUGCAGGUAUACUGGAAAACAGGGCAAAAUGAGAAUCCCCAAAAGCUCACAUGAUUGGUUGAGGAGCUGGCUGUCAGUGUUUUGGCUGACAGUGCACUUAUGAUUUAAGUUUUGGUUCUAAUUAUUGCUUUAUGAUCUUACUUUUAUAACUGGGUCGAAACCGACCCGAACAACACAAAGGUCAUAAUUUCAACCAGAGCAUUUUAUAAUUUAGUGAAAAUAAUUUUUUUUGUUUUAUUUUGUUGAAAUAGAGAUUCUUGACAAAGUCAAAAAGCCUUGACGCAAUAAACUAAUUUACAUGUCUUUUAAUGCAUUUAAAACUUGAAAACGGGUCGGUGGCGACCCGAACACCAGAGGAAGGUUAAUGUUAUGUUUUUGUAAUGUUUUAAUGGAUUUACAUGCCAACAUUUCAUAAAGUAAUAAGCAAAACUUUUCUUAUAGUUUUUCUUCUUUUUAUGAGAACCUGCACAGCUUAAGCAUUUUAAAUGAGCCAUGGUGCAGGUGUAAUCCUGGAAACCCUUUCCUGACACCUGUUCUGGAUCAGCACUGCAACAUUGCAGAGAUUGGAGUGGUUUCAGAUGAAGACAGAGUAGUGGUAAGGGGAGGGCUGAACGUGUGGGAGGUUUAUCUGUGGAUCAUCCUGCACAAAGCUUCAGCUUCUGCACAGACACCGCCUCACUGCGCUCCAUCACAGCCAUGGCUGUCAGAACUCUGCUGGUUCCACUGGUUCUGCUGGUUCUGCUCUACAACAGUCCAGGUUCUUUGGGGAGCUCCAUCAUUGGCGGGAAGGAUGCUGCGGACGGCAGCUGGCCUUGGAUGGUCCACCUCAACAUCACCUCUGACGGUCUGAAGAAAUGGCGCUGCGGGGGCAGCAUCGUCGCCAAGCAGUGGGUGCUGACCGCCGCUCACUGCUGGGAUCAGAACCUCAGUGUGAAUCUGCGGCGGUCUGGAGUCUGGGUCGGAGCCCACAAGCUGUCCAAUGGAGCUGAGCGCUACCGGCGUGUGACGCAUGUCGUCCGCCACCCUCAGUACCAAGCUGGUGGUGGGGUCUACAAAAACGACCUCGCCCUGCUCAGGCUGGACAAAGAGCUGGCGUUCUCUCAGCGGGUCGCCCCCCUGAGCCUGGUCCAGGCUGACGACACCUUCAGCCCGUCAGAGUGUUUUAUCACCGGCUGGGGGCUGGUGGGGAACAGUGUCCCUCUGCCGGAUCCGGAGACCCUUCAGCAGCUUCAGAUUUCCAUCGUCCCUCAGAGUGACUGCAGACAGACGUAUCCCUGGCUGACGGAUGACAUGCUGUGUGCCGGCAGCCCGGCUGGAGGGAAGGACGCCUGCAAAGGGGACUAUGGCGGCCCGCUGGUGUGUCGUACCCCCCGGGGCCUUGUGCAGGUGGGGAUCAUGAGCUUCGGCAGUCCUGAUGGGUGUGGCCUCCCGGGGCGCCCUGGCGUGUACACUCGCGUGUCCUCUUAUUUGGACUUCAUCAACAGUUACAUCUACCGCGGUGGAAAGGCCUCAGCCGUGGUCUGAAUGUCCUGCGAGCAUCGAGUUUCCUGCUUCCUCAUCUGAGGAAACACCUGCAGCUCCUCUUCCUCGCUCAUCCAUCUUUACCUAUUAAAGAUUUAAGCAUCA